AUGUGGCUGCUGCACCGUCUCGGACUCGCGGCGGCGGCGACCGUCACCCUGCUCUCUUCCCCUGCAGCGGCCGCCGAGCCUCGCUGCUUCCCUGCUGAUUUCCUCUUCGGGUCGGCCACCGCGUCGUACCAGGUGGAGGGCGCGUGGAACGAGGACGGCCGCACUCCGAGCAUUUGGGACGACUUUUGUCGUGAACAGCCUGGCUUCGAGUGCGCCAACGUCGACGACUUCUACCACCGCUAUGCGGACGACAUCAAGCUCAUGGGGGAGACGGGACUCCAGUCCUUCCGCUUCUCCGUCUCGUGGUCGCGCAUAAUGAACUGGGACCCGGAAGCGCGACGCAUGCGCCCACGCCCCCGGUUGGUUGAGAGCGGCAUCUCGCCGAUUUUUACCAUUUACCACUGGGACCUGCCCACGAAGCUGCACAACAAGCUCACCCCUCAGGGAUGGCUCAACCCGGAGAUCAUCGACCACUUCGUGGAGUACUCGACGCAGCUGUACAACGAAUUCGCCACUUCCUUCGUCGUGUACGGCUACAACACGGGUCUGCACCCGCCAGGAUUCCACGACUCGCCCACGCUGGUUUACGAGGUGGCGCACAGUGUGCUCCUGUCACACGCGUACUCCGUGCAACGGUUCAGGGAGCUCAAUCGAGUGGUGUUGUCCAGCCGAAAGCGCAUGGGUAUCGUACUCAAUGCCAAUCAGUUCCACCCUCUUCGGGAGAACAACAAUGAAGAUGCAGAAGCUGCGGAGCGCGCGAUGAACUUCGAGUUUGGCUGGUGGCUGCUGCCCCUCACCUCCGGCGACUACCCGCCCGUCAUGCGCGAGCGAGUCGGUGAGCGUUUGCCUCGCUUCACGGCCGAGCAGACCGCUCUAGUCAAGGUCUCGUACGACGUGCUGAUGUUAAACCACUAUUUCGCUCGCUCCGUUACUUCCUGCGACUCGGAGGUGUCCAACACGCCGUGCUCUUCGCUCCACGUCGGCUUCGGACAGGACAAGGGUGUCGACGACACGCACAUAGAACCAGGCUCCCGUCCAGGACUGCAGGACAGCCAAGGCAACAACUACUGCAAGUCGUACACGGCCUACCCUCCCGGGUACUUGGACACGAUCAAGUGGAUGCAUGCGAAGGACCCCUCGGCGGAGAUCUUGCUAACGGAGAACGGCUGGUGCGGCAACGAUGAAGUGGAGAACUUGGACCAGCUGUGGUUCUUCCAGUCGUACAUUGAGCAAGUCUGCAAGGCCGUGGUGGAGGAGAAGAUCCCCGUCAUCAGCUACACUGCCUGGAGCUUCCUGGACAACUACGAGUGGGGGUCGUACGGUCCUCGCUUCGGGCUCUACUACGUCAACUUUACGGCACAGACUGGAUCCGUGGAAGGUUACAGGCCCAAGCCGACGGACUUGCAGCGUAUCGCGCUUCCGUCCGCCAAGUGGUUCAGCAAGCUGGCGUCUACAGGCUGUCUGGACGAAUUGACCGAGACCGAUGCGGUUGCUGCCAUUGCCAUGCGAGCUGCGGUGAGGCAGGGGUCCCCGGUUAUUGCUGCAACGAGAACCGCUACGAGCGGACUGCUGUCGACGGGCAUGAUGAGCGUAUUCGCGGCAGUCGGCACUGCCAUGCUCGUCGCGACGUGGCGUCGUCGUCAGGGAUACGUGGCCAUCCCGCGCUUCUCCGUCAACUAA